AUGGAGACCUCCUCUCCUCAGCCUUCUCUACAGGCAAGAUCGUCGCCCAACCAGCCCGAGCGGAGUGUGCCCUCAGACGCGCCGAGAACGACGUCUCCAAAUGCUUCAAUAGUCAUAAAUGAUGGUGCGGCAAAGCAGAAGCUCACCCCAGAUGGUAAACGAUCACCUAUGUCCCUGAUCAGAUCGCGACAUGGCAAUCCCAAAAUCAUUGUCAAGAGAGAGCCACCUUCGUCACCAGAAGUCCCCGCGACCGCGCGGCACCGUCCACGCAAGCUAGAUCUAUCAUCGAGUAACACACAGAAUCAAGCGUCGAAUUCCGCGAAGCCCUCGGCGCCGCUGACAUCGAGAGAGAGUGGAGGAAUGGCAAUGCACGACGUCGGACUCGCCUGCUUAUCACCUGGAUUCCAGACCCAAGAUCCGACCAUGCAGCAGCAAUUGCAGCGGAGUAUAUCAGUUCGCGACCAGCAAAGACACAUUAUCGAGUCAAGACUACAGAAAACUGCCAAGCCUGUCGACUCGGAUGGAAGGAACACGACUGAUAAUCCGUUCGGAGCUGGCAUGAAAACUCCCUCGACGUCAAAGAAGAGGCCGCCAAAUGGACUAUCAAUCGUUCCACCGUCGCAUGAGCAAUUUGCCAACGAGCGAGUCAUUCAAUCCGCGCCGCUGAACCAGACGUUCACAGGAAGACAUCAACCUCAUCCUAUGACUCGACAUGUAGCCAAUCAACCAUCAAAUCUCUCAAACACCUCUCACAUCCACCACGUACCCGCUACACAAACUUCCAACCGAUUGCCCCCUAUUUCUGACGUUUUUGCGGGAGAAGGGCUCGGUAUGCCGCGAAAAGAAGGACACUAUCAUUCUAAUUCUAAUUCUAACUCAUCCCACUCAAACCAUCGACCAACCUUCCCCUCACCUGGUCAACCACCCCCUUCAUCACAUCCUCCACUCACAAGUAGAGACAGAGAAUAUCUAUCGGCGGAUGAGCACGUUGCAGAGAUAACCCAUGGCAGGGAAGAACUGCUGCCUAAAGUGAUCCACUACAGGAGCAACCACCCACCUACGCCGCCGACACCACCAACACAAGCUGGAGCCACGUCACACAGGCAAUCCUACAGCCAUUUGAAUGGCGAGGCGCUCCGAAGUGGUAGAAGACGACCUCGCAACGAGUACGAGCGUGACAUGGGCACACCGCCGCUCGGUAGUGGUCCUGAUACGAGAGAACGAAGGGGUCCUUUCGGAAUGGGUAUUGAUAGUCCAGAAACGCAAAGAAGAAAGAAGGAGGAGUUCCUGGGCUUAUGCUCCAGGGCAUGGGAGCUUUUUCACUCAUGA